GAUCUCUUUUGUGUAGAUUAAUUUAAUUAAAAUAUCUAGAUAGUUAUGUGUAUGUAAUUCAUGCAUUUAUUAGUUGACCCAAAGGUAAAUUAAUAUUUGCCAGAGUUUCAUGCAAUAUUUGUAGUGAUAAAUAUGUAACAAUUAUAAGGUUUUUUAUGUAAGUAUUAUGUUUAUCCAAAGAUUGACAUGUUGUUUAACAUGAUUUAUUGUUAAUAUUUGAUUGCUACAACAAGAGUACCGCGUACAAUUAACAUUACUGUCUAAAGACUUGAUAUUAAUGUUGUGUUUGGUAUCUUGAGAUGGGAUUAACCAUUAACCAUUAUUUGAAUUUGUUUGUUUUAUAUGAAUUCUAUGUGGGCUUGUUUUGUUAUUUUGUAUAUUAUGUUCAGCUAGUUUAUCUAACCCUGCCACAACAACUGCCAACAUUAACUCUAUUCCCAUGCUUAAUGGGACAAAUUUCAAGGAUUGGAAAGGGAAAUUACUUGUAAAUCUUGGUUGCAUGGAAUUAGAUUAUGCAUUACGGCAAGAACAACCUUCACCUCUCACUGCAGAAAGCACUCCUGACGAAAAAUUGGAUUUUGAGAGGUGGGACCGUUCUAAUCGCAUGAGUCUAAUGAUCAUGCAAUAAUGUAUUCCAGAAGCCUUUAGGGGCACUGAAUCUGAAGAGAUCACUAAGGCCAAGGAUUUCCUCGAUGCAAUUGAGAAACGUUUCGCUAGAAACGAUAAGGUUGAAAUGACUUCACUUCUGGCUUCAUUGAUGUCCAUGAAGUAUAAGGGUCGAGGAAAUGUGAGGGAGUACAUUAUGAAAAUGUACCAAAUUGCUUCAAAACUUAAGGCAUUAAAGAUCGAGCUCUCUGAGGAUUUGCUUGUUCUUAUGGUUUUGGUAUCUCUUCCUGCACAUUUUAAUCAGUUCAAAGUCAAUUAUAACUGUCAAAGGGAGAAAUGGACUCUAAACGAGCUCAUUUCUCAUUGUGUGCAAGGGGAAGAAAGGUUGAAGCAAGAUAAAACUGAAAGUGCUCACUUGGCCAGUGCCUCUAAGGAUAAGGGCAAGAAAAGAAAGCAUGAGAAUGAAGCUGCUAAGGGUCUAGUGCAAAAGAAACAACAUAAGGAGCCAACAGGUUGUUUCUUUUGUGGCAAGACUGGACAUGUGAAGAAGGAAUGUACAAAAUAUCACGCAUGGCGUGCAAAGAAAUGGUUGCCUGAGCUACCGAAAGCCAAGUGAUGGUGAAAGACACAUCUUUGUGGGCGAUGGACAAUCGGUAGAAGUUGAAGCUAUUGGGCAUUUUAGGUUGUUAUUAGGAACUGGUUUUUAUUUGGAUUUAAAAGACACUUAUGUUGUACCGUCUUUUAGAUGGAAUUUAGUUUCUGUUUCAUUAUUGGACAAAUUUGGAUAUUGUUGUUCUUUUGGAAACA